AUGUUGGACCCGUCGGCGAGUCGGCGCCAGCAGCCCAUGGACUCGUCCGCCAUCUACUCCCACUCCCGCACCCGCACCGUCUCCUCAAAUACCUUCCCCGUCGCCAUCCAGAGCCCGACGCCAAUGCACCUCGCCCAGGCUCCCCAACAACACUCCCGCCGCUCGCCCUCCGUCAACACCUUCAGCACCACCUCGAGCGUGCCCCCUCCCGCCGCCUACCGCACCUCCCCCACGACAGACCUCCGCCGCUCCACCUCGUCACGAUCAGGCGGCGGCUCCCCGCAACCCACCGGCUACGUCGCCCUGCUCCGCAAGCAGAAGGCCACCGUCUGGUGCGACCGCGCCCAGUACGAAGACCCCCGCCUGCUCGCCCAGCAGCGCGCCGCCAAGAUGCGGGCCACCCUCGAGGUUAUCGGCGGCCAGCGCCACUCCUCCGGCCUCUCCGCCCCCUCCGGACGCACCAGCACCGGCAUCUCUGCUACCGGCAAGGUCGCCGCCAAGAUCCGUCACCACGGAAAGCCCGGCGUCGUCGGCUAUGCCCCGGGCGACCACCACGUCGGCGUCGGCGGCGUCCCCAUGCGUCUCUCCGCCACAGAGGUCGAGGGCGAGGACUCGGACGAGGACGACGCUCGCCUGCACCACCGCCGCACCGGUAGCAGCGGCCGCAGCAGUCUCGCGAGCCGCCGCGGCCCCGGCUACAGGUCCUCGGGCGGCCUGGGCAGCGGCAGCGGACGCAGGUGGAGCCCCGGCGACACCCCCGAGAGGACCGGCAGCCUCGUCGAGGAGAAGCAGGAGGAGACCCUGGGCGACAACGCGAGCGGCAGGGCCAUGACCACCGGCUCGUCCGGCAGCAGCGCCGAGAGGGCCGACAACCUGGGCGAGCUGAACAUGAACACCAACGCCGCCAGGCUCGCCAGUAACUCGCUCAUGCACCAGACCGUCACCCGCGAGAAGAGCGUCAAGGGCGCCGACGAUCUCCGUAGGAGGGGAAGCGUCGACGAGCGCACUUCGACGCUUACGGGAGGCCGUCUUUACAUUGCCAACCCCGAUUAA